GCGCGGAGGGAGAGGACAGGAGGGAGGGGAGCAGCGGCCGGACGUGGUCGCGUGUCGGGAAUCUGGUGUUUCUGCACGCCGAUCUUCCUUCUUGCCGGCGUUGCGAGACGCGGGGGACGCUUCCCGGGGAUCGAGUUCGGGCCGGCGGCGUAAAAAAACAAAACAAAACCGGACUGUUGGGGGGGGGAAAAGACCGGCGGCUGCUUGUGGCUUCUUCCGGGCUGGUGACGGACUAAGGCGGAGGCAGAGCAGCAGCAGCAGCGUCGUCGUCACGUGACUCCGGGGAAAAGGAAGGGAAAGAAAGAAAGCAAAAAAAAAAAAAGCGGCGGCAGCGGACGGGAAAAAAAAGGGGGGGGGCCCGCCGCCAAGAUGCACGGGGGCGCGCCCUCCGGGGACAGCGCGUGCCCGCUGCGCACCAUCAAGCGCGUGCAAUUCGGCAUCCUCAGCCCGGAUGAGAUGAAACGGAUGUCGGUGACCGAAGCAGGCAUCAAGUACCCAGAGACCACGGAAGGCGGUCGCCCCAAACUCGGGGGGCUGAUGGAUCCUCGCCAGGGGGUCAUCGAAAGGACUGGGCGGUGCCAGACGUGCGCAGGCAACAUGACUGAAUGUCCUGGCCAUUUCGGCCACAUCGAACUGGCCAAGCCGGUUUUCCACGUCGGCUUUUUAGGAAAAACCAUGAAAGUCCUUCGCUGCGUUUGUUUCUUCUGCUCCAAACUGCUGGUCGACUCGAACAAUCCGAAAAUCAAGGAUAUCUUGACCAAGUCCAAAGGCCAGCCGAAGAAGCGCUUAACCCACGUCUACGAUCUCUGCAAAGGCAAGAACAUCUGCGAGGGGGGAGAGGAGAUGGAUAACAAAUUUGGGGUGGAGCAGCCCGAAGGCGACGAGGACCUCACCAAGGAAAAGGGCCACGGGGGCUGCGGGCGCUACCAGCCGAGGAUCCGCCGCUCGGGCCUGGAGCUGUACGCCGAGUGGAAGCACGUGAACGAGGACUCCCAAGAGAAGAAGAUCCUGCUCAGCCCCGAACGGGUCCACGAGAUCUUCAAGCGGAUCUCGGACGAGGAAUGCUUCAUCCUGGGCAUGGAUCCCAAAUACGCCCGGCCGGAGUGGAUGAUAUGCACCGUGCUCCCCGUCCCUCCGCUCUCCGUCAGACCGGCCGUCGUCAUGCAAGGCUCGGCUAGGAAUCAGGACGACUUGACUCACAAGCUGGCCGACAUUGUCAAAAUCAACAACCAGUUGCGGCGGAACGAGCAGAACGGGGCGGCCGCUCACGUCAUCGCGGAAGACGUCAAGCUCCUCCAGUUCCACGUGGCCACCAUGGUGGACAAUGAACUGCCCGGCCUGCCCCGAGCGAUGCAAAAAUCCGGCCGUCCUCUGAAGUCCUUGAAACAGCGCCUGAAAGGGAAGGAAGGCCGCGUGCGAGGGAACCUGAUGGGCAAACGGGUGGAUUUCUCCGCCCGGACCGUCAUCACGCAUCCCAACCUCUCCAUCGACCAGGUGGGCGUGCCGCGCUCCAUCGCCGCCAACAUGACCUUCGCCGAGAUCGUGGCGCCUUUCAACAUCGACAGACUGCAGGAGCUGGUGAGCCGAGGGAACAGUCAGUAUCCCGGAGCCAAAUACAUCAUCCGGCACAACGGAGACAGGAUUGAUCUCCGCUUCCACCCGAAAUCCAGCGACCUUCACCUGCAGAUUGGGUACAAGGUGGAGCGACACAUGUGCGACGGAGACAUUGUCAUUUUCAACCGGCAACCCACGCUCCACAAAAUGUCCAUGAUGGGCCACCGAGUUCGUAUCUUGCCCUGGUCCACUUUCCGGCUCAACCUCAGUGUGACCACCCCAUACAACGCCGACUUCGACGGCGACGAAAUGAACCUCCACCUUCCCCAGUCGUUGGAGACCCGGGCGGAGAUCCAAGAACUGGCCAUGGUGCCCCGUAUGAUCGUCACGCCCCAGUCCAACAGGCCCGUCAUGGGCAUCGUGCAAGACACACUGACGGCCGUCCGCAAGUUCACCAAGAGGGAUGUCUUCCUGGAGAGGGGGGAAGUGAUGAACCUGCUGAUGUUUCUCUCCACCUGGGAUGGCAAAGUGCCCCAGCCGGCCAUCCUGAAGCCUCGCCCGCUCUGGACCGGGAAGCAAAUCUUCUCCCUCAUCAUCCCGGGACACAUCAACUGUGUCCGGACACACAGCACCCAUCCGGACGAUGAAGACAGCGGCCCCUACAAGCACAUCUCACCAGGAGACACCAAGGUCAUUGUGGAGAACGGAGAGCUGAUCAUGGGCAUCCUGUGCAAGAAGUCCCUGGGCACCUCGGCCGGCUCUCUCGUCCACAUCUCCUACCUGGAGAUGGGCCACGACGUCACCCGCCUCUUCUACAGCAACAUCCAGACGGUCAUCAACAACUGGCUGCUGAUCGAAGGACACACCAUUGGUAUCGGGGACUCCAUCGCUGAUGCCAAGACCUACCAGGACAUCCAGAACACUAUCAAGAAAGCCAAGCAGGAUGUGAUAGAGGUCAUCGAGAAAGCCCACAACAACGAGCUGGAGCCCACCCCUGGCAACACCCUGCGCCAGACCUUUGAGAACCAGGUCAACCGCAUCCUGAACGACGCCCGAGACAAGACCGGCUCCUCUGCCCAGAAGUCCCUCUCGGAGUACAACAACUUCAAGUCCAUGGUGGUCUCGGGGGCCAAAGGCUCCAAGAUCAACAUCUCUCAGGUCAUCGCAGUGGUGGGGCAGCAGAACGUGGAGGGGAAGCGCAUCCCCUUCGGCUUCAAGCAUCGCACCCUGCCCCACUUCAUCAAAGACGACUACGGGCCGGAGAGCAGGGGCUUUGUGGAGAAUUCAUACUUGGCCGGCCUGACCCCCACCGAGUUCUUCUUCCACGCCAUGGGAGGCCGAGAAGGGCUGAUCGACACGGCCGUCAAAACGGCCGAAACGGGUUACAUCCAGCGUCGGCUGAUCAAAUCCAUGGAGUCGGUCAUGGUGAAGUACGACGCCACCGUCCGCAACUCCAUCAACCAGGUGGUGCAGCUGCGUUACGGCGAGGAUGGGCUGGCCGGAGAGAGCGUGGAGUUCCAGAAUCUGGCCACCCUCAAGCCUUCCAACAAAGCUUUUGAGAAGAAGUUCAAGUUUGAUUACACCAACGAGCGGGCUCUGCGCCGCACCCUGCAGGAGGAGAUGGUGAAGGACAUCCUCAGCAACGCCCACAUCCAGAACGAGCUGGAGAGGGAGUUUGAGAAGAUGAGGGAGGACCGGGACGUGUUGAGGGUUAUCUUCCCCACAGGAGACAGCAAGGUCGUCCUCCCCUGCAACCUGCUUCGUAUGAUCUGGAACGCCCAGAAAAUUUUCCACAUCAAUACGCGUCUCCCCUCCGACCUGCACCCCAUCAAGGUGGUGGAAGGCGUGAAGGAGCUGAGCAAGAAACUGGUGAUUGUGAAUGGCGACGACCCACUGAGCAAGCAGGCCCAGGAAAACGCUACCCUGCUGUUCAACAUCCACCUACGUUCCACCCUCUGCAGCCGUCGUAUGAUUGAGGAAUUCCGGCUGAGCGGAGAAGCCUUCGACUGGCUGCUGGGAGAAAUCGAAUCCAAGUUCAACCAGGCCAUUGCCCAUCCUGGUGAGAUGGUGGGGGCCUUGGCCGCCCAGUCCCUGGGAGAACCUGCCACCCAGAUGACCCUCAACACUUUCCACUAUGCUGGGGUCUCUGCCAAAAACGUGACCCUGGGGGUGCCUCGGCUGAAGGAACUGAUCAACAUUUCCAAAAAACCCAAGACCCCUUCUCUGACGGUCUUCCUCCUGGGACAGUCCGCCCGGGACGCUGAGAGGGCCAAGGACAUCCUUUGCCGCUUGGAGCAUACCACCCUUCGCAAGGUGACGGCCAACACGGCCAUCUACUACGACCCCAACCCUCAGAACACCGUGGUGGCCGAGGACCAGGAGUGGGUGAACGUUUACUAUGAGAUGCCCGACUUCGACGUCACCCGCAUCUCCCCUUGGCUGCUGAGGGUGGAGUUGGACCGCAAACACAUGACGGACCGAAAGCUCACCAUGGAACAGAUCGCCGAGAAGAUCAAUGCCGGCUUUGGAGAUGACCUCAACUGCAUCUUCAACGACGACAACGCUGAGAAGCUGGUGCUGCGCAUUCGAAUCAUGAACAGCGACGAGAACAAGAUGCAGGAGGAGGAAGAGGUGGUGGACAAGAUGGACGACGACGUUUUCCUGCGCUGCAUCGAAUCCAACAUGCUGACGGACAUGACCCUUCAAGGCAUUGAGCAAAUCAGCAAGGUGUACAUGCACCUGCCCCAGACCGACAACAAGAAGAAAAUCAUAAUCACGGAAGACGGCGAGUUCAAAGCCCUCCAGGAGUGGAUCCUGGAAACGGACGGCGUGAGCCUCAUGCGCGUGCUGAGCGAGAAAGACGUGGACCCCGUGCGCACCACCUCCAACGACAUCGUGGAGAUUUUCACGGUGCUGGGAAUUGAGGCGGUGAGGAAGGCCCUGGAACGGGAGCUGUACCACGUCAUCUCCUUCGACGGCUCCUACGUCAACUACCGCCACUUGGCCCUGCUCUGCGACACCAUGACCUGCCGCGGGCACUUGAUGGCCAUCACGCGUCACGGCGUCAACCGCCAGGACACGGGGCCGCUCAUGAAAUGCUCCUUCGAAGAGACGGUCGAUGUCUUGAUGGAGGCGGCUGCCCAUGGCGAGAGCGACCCCAUGAAAGGGGUCUCGGAGAACAUCAUGCUGGGACAGCUGGCCCCUGCGGGCACCGGUUGCUUCGACCUGCUUUUGGACGCCGAAAAAUGCAAAUUUGGCAUGGAGAUUCCCACCAACAUCACCGGGCUGGGCGUCGGGGGCCCUACCGGCAUGUUCUUCGGCUCUGCGCCCAGCCCCAUGGGCGGGGUGUCCCCGGCCACAACCCCGUGGAACCAAGGUGCCACGCCAGCCUACGGCGCCUGGUCACCCAGUGUGGGGAGCGGAAUGACCCCCGGGGCCGCCAGUUUCUCCCCCAGCGCGGCUUCCGAUGCCAGCGGUUACAGUCCCGGGUAUUCCCCUGCCUGGUCGCCCACCCCAGGCUCCCCCGGCUCUCCGGGACCUUCCAGCCCUUAUAUUCCGUCUCCAGGGGGCGCCAUGUCUCCCAGCUACUCCCCAACCUCUCCCGCCUACGAGCCACGCUCGCCCGGGGUGUACACCCCGCAAAGCCCCAGCUACAGCCCCACCUCUCCUUCCUACAGCCCUACCUCUCCUUCGUACUCUCCAACUAGUCCGAAUUACAGCCCCACCAGCCCCAGCUACAGCCCCACCUCCCCGAGUUACUCUCCGACGUCACCCAGUUACAGCCCAACGUCGCCCAGCUACAGCCCGACUAGCCCCAGCUACAGCCCGACGUCGCCUAGUUAUUCUCCAACCAGCCCCAGCUACAGCCCAACGUCACCCAGCUACAGCCCAACGUCGCCCAGCUACAGCCCAACCAGUCCUAGCUACAGCCCGACAUCGCCCAGCUACAGCCCAACCAGUCCUAGCUACAGCCCAACGUCGCCCAGCUACAGCCCGACUUCUCCCAGCUACAGCCCAACCUCCCCUAGCUACAGCCCCACCAGCCCUAAUUACAGCCCAACCUCUCCAAACUACACCCCAACUUCUCCGAGCUACAGCCCGACUUCGCCCAGCUACAGCCCGACUUCUCCUAAUUACACCCCGACGUCUCCAAACUACAGCCCGACAUCUCCCAGUUACUCCCCGACCAGCCCUUCCUACAGUCCCACCUCGCCCAGCUACUCCCCCUCCAGCCCCCGCUACACCCCACAGUCCCCCACUUACACCCCGUCGUCGCCUAGCUACAGCCCCAGCUCGCCCAGCUACAGCCCGACCAGCCCCAAGUACACCCCGACCAGCCCAUCCUACAGCCCCAGCUCUCCGGAAUACACCCCGACUAGCCCCAAGUACAGCCCGACCAGCCCCAAGUACAGCCCGACUUCGCCCACCUACAGCCCGACCACGCCGAAAUACAGCCCGACGAGCCCCACCUACUCGCCGACGUCGCCCGUCUACACCCCGACGUCGCCCAAGUACAGCCCGACUUCGCCCACCUACUCGCCCACCUCCCCCAAGUACAGCCCGACCUCGCCCACCUACUCGCCCACCUCCCCCAAAGGCUCCACCUACUCCCCGACCUCUCCCGGCUACAGCCCCACGUCGCCGACCUACAGCCUCACCAGCCCGGCCAUCAGUCCAGACGACAGCGACGAAGAGAACUGAAGGGGCUCCUGUCCGGCCGGAGAGGAGUUGGGGCGCGACGGCGGGGUGACGACGAUUUGUUGGGAAAUCUGGACAUUUUGGGGCGGCGGGGCAGAACACUCGAGAGUCCUUUUGGGGGGGGACGGGGACGGACGGCUGACCUGCCCAGUUGCCAAAGGAAAACUCAAGAUUUUUAUAGAGGUGGCCAUGAGGGGGGUGUCUUAAUUCAGCGCCCCCUCUCGGUGGUCCUGCUUUUGGAGACGAUUCUUCCGACUGUUCUUUUCUGCCUGUUUCUUACCCUUUCAGAAAGGAAAAAAAAAAAAAAACCAGCCAACCUUGUAAAACGAUUGCGUAGAUUUCCUAAUAAACCCGCACAACCUGUACCUGUUUUAGGGAGGGAGGGGCUUGUUACCCCAAUUCCUGCUGAAACCCCCCCCCCACCCCCCCAAUUUUCCCCCAUGGGCAAGCUUGGACCUCCGUAAUAGGUUCUCUGUUGUAUCCGGUUGGGAUUUAUUUAUGUUGGAAAAAAACUAUAGGUUUCUUGA